CCUCGGCGUCGCGGUCAGAAGAUGGCCGCAGGUAGUCACUCGACCCCGCACUCCCCAUGGUGGGGCCACGCGUCUUUGCUGUACAUGUCUCAGGUGAAUAGACGUUUCCACGCGUUGAGCUCAAUGCUCGAUCCCCGAACUCGCGACCUCGCGACUUGCGACUUGAGUUCGCUCUCAAAGACACAAAGUCGCGGAAUGUUGCGGCGAGGGCCGGUCCAAGCCGGCAACCCGCCCUAACCGGUGCCCCAAGCGUGCCCACCACCCCGAGUCACCAACACCAUCAUCAACCAACCUCAACUCCAACUGCGCGCAUCCCCGCUCUCCUCACUCUUAUCUGCAAUGCCGUCUCUCAAGGGAAAGCGUGUCCUCGUCGUCGCCGGCUCGCGCGGUCUUGGCGCCGAGAUCGUCAAGCAGUCCGCGGAGCGCGGGGCUAUCGUCGCGAUCAACUACGCGGCGUCCAAAGACCGCGCGGAGGAGCUGUGCAAGUCCCUCCCCGGCUCGGGCCACGUUGUGAUUCAAGGCGACGCAUUCACACACGACGGAUGCGAUGCCAUCGUCGCGGAGGCGAUCAAGGCGCUCGGCGGGCUCGACGCCGUCGUCUCCAACCAGGGCACGACCAAGUUCGCGUCGUGGGCCGAUCUCAAGUCCGUCUCGGACGACGACUGGAUGAAGAUCUACACGGCCAAUGUCAUGUCGCACCUCUGGGUGAUGCAGGCCGCUGAGAAGGAGCUGCGCGCGAACAAGGGCAGCUUUGUCGUCUCGGCGUCGAUUGCCGGGCUGUACACGAACGGCUCGAGCAUGGCAUACUCCGUCUCCAAGGCCGGCCUGAUCCACCUCACCAAGGGCAUGGCCAAGUCCCUCGCACCCGACGUCCGCGUCAACGCCAUCGCCCCGGGCCUCAUGCUCACCGAGUGGGCGGCAGGCUUCUCCGAGGCGCAGGUCAAGAUGUCGACCGACGCGGCUCUGCUCAAGAAGGUGUCGGAUGUGCCGGACGUGGCUGCGGCUUACAUCAUGCUCAUGGAGAACGGCUCGAUCACGGGCGAGAUCCUCGAGAUCAGCGCUGGACUGGGCCACUAGAGUCUCUAGACACUAGACGUAGCGUACGUAGAGUGGAAGUUGUCAAAGUAGCAGGUGAUGCGAUGCAGGGUUUGGAUUGUCG